GUUUGAACUUCUGAAGGCCAGUAACCAAGGGGAGAAAGUAUUUAUUGAGAAAGAGUUCAAGAAAGAAAGACCAUGUCAAUAACUCUCAUAGGUAUUCCCAGACUGGUGAGUUUUUUGUGAAGCUUGAAGCCAACAGACUUGUGUUCACCUUGAAUGAUUGUCUGCCUUAAACAGUUGUUCCCCAUGAAAUAGAUGUCCACUCUGAACUGAUAUUCAGCUAAAAUUGAUGUUUAACCUGAAAAUUGUGAGAGUAACCCGAAAAAAAAAAACAAAAAACAAAAAAAAUCUUGGAAGCAAAAGCUCAAAAAUAUCUACCAAAUUUCUAGGACAUGUCUUUGCCCUGGCACCAAUGUACCACCACACCUCUACACUGUUAGGUUACUACAUCCUCAUACCAACUAACUAGCUUAUUUAAUACAAAACAUUUAAUUCAUACAAUCUAAAUAAUAUGGUUAUUUCCACAUAGAUGCCAUUUUUCAGCCUUUCUACUUCACCUCCUCUAAUUGCUCUUCAUUAUUUCAAAUGUCAUACUAAGUUGGCUUGUGUAAUUUUCUUCUGUAAUCAAUCCAAAACGAACAUACAAUAGAACAACUUUCCACUGGCUCACAUCACCAGCACAUUUAACAAUUGUGUAUGGAACAGAUCGCAUAAACUGAGAACCAAGCAGCAAUAGAUCAAUAGCAGCUGCUACAACAACUACAACAAAAUAUGGGGGCAACUGAAUUGUUUGUGAUAGAAUUAGCCGACAAUCAAGAAUGUUAUUAUUCUGGCACUACAUUAAGUGGCGAGGUUAAAAUUGAUCUGGCUUACCCACUAGAUGUGUCUGGUAUUACAUUAACAUUUAAAGGCUAUGGCAAAGCUAAAUGGACAUCUUCUGAUUCUAACAAUGAUGAUAUUGUGUAUGCAUCUUCCAGUACUUAUAUGGAUGAGAGAAUUACUUUAUAUGGAACUCCUGAUCAACUUGAAUUACACCGUAUGGAUUCUGGAGAAUACAGGUACCCAUUCACAUAUAAUAUUCCCCCAUUGGUACCAUCAUCCUGUUCUGGUGAUCGGGGUAAAGUAAAAUACAAGUUGAUUGCUGUUAUACAACGUUUCUGGAAGUCCUUCAUAGAAAAGGAAAAAGUUGUCAAGAUUUUCAGACCUCUUGAUCUGAAUGCUGAACCAGGUCCCUCACUUGAAAUUAAAGUCCAAGAUAUCAUGGAUGCCAGCUGCUGUUGUCUGUCUGAUGGAAACAUUUUUGCUAAGCUGUCUGUCAAGAAGAAUCGCUUUGCCAUUGGUGAAGUGAUUGACUUUGAUAUUGAAUUAUUGAACCGGAGUAAUCGUAAUAUCAGUUCAGGUACACUACGUUUACAACAGAUAGUAGUAUUUUCUGCUCGAAGAACUGAUGGUGCAGAUCCUGAUUCAUAUGAUUUUACCAAAGUGAAAAAAGAGAAGAAUUAUAUUGACAUACACAAGACAGGCAAGGUACGACCAUAUGAACAGUAUAAAGCUACAGACAAAGUUCGAAUCCCUCCAGUUGCUACAUCUCAUCUUGAGGGCUGUGAAUUCAUCAAUGUCAUCUACCGAGUUCAGUUUCUACCAGAACAUGUAGGUUGUUGCUCGGAGCCUUUGGAACAUGAUGUUGUUAUUGGAACAAUACCUUACGCAGGUGUCUCUGUACCACAAUCAGAAGUCAAUGCUGCACAUGAUGCUUUACAAGAUGCUGCAACAAAUUUACCUCCACCACCAUCUCAGUCAGUUGUCAGCAUCCAACCUGGUCGUUUGCCUCCACCUCCACCAGGUUUCAUUAUAGAUCUUCCCUCCGAGGACCCUCCGUCCUACACAGAAUGUCUCUUGCAAGAUCUGGCUGCAGCACGAGCCUCAGCUUCACAGAACAUACAAAAGGAGAAAAUGGAAUUAGGUACUGUACCUUCAGAGAAGCCACCAAUCUCUUCUUACACACCCAGUUUCCCUACUGAUGAUGAACUGACUGGAUUGAUGAAUCAUUCAAGCCGUACUACCACCAUCACCACCACCAAUACCACCAGUAUAACCAUUAACAACAACUUAACCACUGUUCACAGUGGUUUCAAUAAUAUGGUUUAAUAAUACUAACUAACACUAAAUUCAUUAGUUCCCAUCUUACCUCUGAUCUGAGAGAGUCAGAGAGCAAAAAAGAACUAACGAUAACUUUGUUACCAUCACUAGUAUAAGUAUUAAUGACAAUUUAACCAGUGCUGACAAUAAUUUCAAUAAUAUGCAUUAAUAAUAAUAUCUAAUGUUAAAUUCAUUAAUUCAUUCUGUAUCUCUGAUCAGAGAGGGAGGGAGAAAGAGUGAAAGAGAGCCCCUAAUAACUUAGUUACCACUACUUAAAAUAUAACUGACUCUUCAACACUGUGCAGUUAGUUUUUUCAUUAAUAUGGAUUAAUUAUAACUAGUGCUAAAUUGAUUAACCCCUAUCUUAUCUUUGAUCAGAGAGAGAGAGAGAGUGAAAGAGAGCCCUCAAAUAGCUUUGUUACCACUAUUAAUACAGAUAUUAAUGACAAUUGAAUAAAUUUUGACAGUUUUCAUUAAUAUGGAUUGAUAAUAACUAGCACUAAAUUCAUUCAGUCCCACUGUAUCUCAGAUCAGAGAGAGGGAGAGAAAGAAAAAGAAAGAAAAAGUGCAAAGGAGUGUCCUCAAUAAUUUUGGCCAUGGCCUUUCCACUUUAAAUGUUGCUACAUCCAAACUAAAACAUUGAAGUGAAAAGAAAACUGGUUCAAACUUGCAUAACCUUUAUAGAGGAAUAGAUGUUUAGUUUGCUACCAAACUGUGUAAUUGAGAAGAUGAAACUGAAUUGUAAUGCUGAAAUGAUGGAAAAUUAUGAUUAUGUUGAUAAUUCUUCAAAAGAUUCCCUCCGUUUUUCAGAAAAUAUCUGUCCACAAAACUAUUUCUUCUUUAUCAAAAGCACCACCUUCUUUAUCACUUCAUGAUUCUGUUUCUGUUUUCAAGUGUCUAUGUCUUCUGUCUAUAUCAGUCUAAAUAUAUUGUGAUAUCAGUUUGGACACCCACUCUGCUACACAGCUUUAAUAUUGAACGUUUCAUUGGUUACAUAUAAAGGUCUGUGAAUUAGUGCAUAACGAUGAUGUUGAAGAAACAAACUAAAAAAUAUUACAUUUCAGUUUCUUCCUGUUGCUCAGGGCAUUGUGGGUACUUUUAUGCAUGCACACACACACGCACACACUGUAUUUGCUGGUCUAUAAGACACUCUUUCAUAAGACAAACCCAUACUUUUUUGUGGAGAAAAAGGUAUAUUUUGUGUAUAAACGAAUUUAAUAUGCUUCAUCAUACACUCAUCCACUCACUAUCCCACCUGUAAUACAAUUGCGUUAGAUGCAUACCAAUGUUUUUUUACAAUUCAAAAUAAAAAUGCUCAUCUGAUACACUGGCGAAUUCGGUGGAUACACAUACAUAUACGUACAUAUAUAUGUGAAUGCACACACACACACACACACACACACACACACAUAUGUAUGUAUAAACAUAAAAUAUUUAUAUAGAAUUUAUCUCCUUGAUUAACAAACCAAAGGGUGGUGCCAUGUGAAAAGCGCCCACCAUACUCUGUAAAGUGGCUGGUGUUUGGAAGGGCAUCCAGCCAUAAAAACCAAGCCAAAUAACACUGGAACCUGGUGCAGCUGUCCUGCUUGCCAGCUCUGGUAAAACUGUCCAAUCCAUGCCAAUAUGGAAAAUGGAUGUUAAAGGAUGAUGCUGAUAAAGAUGAUGAAUACAUUAUGUAACUUUACAUCUCAUAAUGUACAGAACACUCAAUUGAUUUCUGUCUUCUUCAUUUUUUAAGUAAGAGUACUUGGAAGAUAUAUAAUAUUUAAUGCUGCCCUUAUAUUUCUGGAAAUCAUGACCGAGCAAAAAUUAUAGUAAAGUGAAAGGUAAAUUACAUGGUCAGAACCCAAUAGCAUUGUAACAUGAUUUUUGUCUUUCAGUAGUAACUGUUAUUUCCUCUUUGCUUACUCCCAGAAAGUAUGAAAAAUGGCUAAUAUUUCCUUCAAACUUUGCUUUUGUUACAUUUAUUCAAACCUCAAAGUAUGCCUCUCAACACAUAGCUACGAUGCUCCCCCAUUACUCCUGCUCAUGAUCAGAGAUGCAUGUAUUGUCAGCCACUAAGGGGCAUGCUCAAGUGAUUAAGUCCAAGCCACUGAUAAGUAAAUCUGGUAUUGAGCAGAAUAUCUGCUAUGAUAUUUCUGCUUCGGCAACUCAGCACUGAAUCUAUCUGAAAUGUAAUGGAAAAUAGGUCAGUUUCAAAACAAUGAUGUCCAGGUCUCAGAAGCAAAAUUUAAAGGGAAUAGUAGUAAUUUCCUUUGAUUUCUAGAUAGAAGCAAAUAGGAAAUAACACUCACUGGCCAAAAAAAAAACAAAAAAAUUAUUAUACAAUGUAAUCUAUACUACAAAAUUAAUAAUAGUAAAAUAAAAAAGAACAAAAACAAAAAUAAAUAAUAGCAUAAGCAAUAAUAAACAAGUGGACUAAUGAAAUAAAUAAAUCAACUCGAUCUAAUUUGGACUAUGAAUAUAUUAAAAACCCAUUAAUGAUAAAUUCUAGAUUUUGUAGGUUUUAAGCCUAUUGAAAUAAUCAAAGAAGUUAAAGCAUAUGUAAUGUUGUAUUUGACUGAGUCAUCUGCAUGAAACCCUCAGCCCUUGAGUCACUCUGUGAUCAAUUCUGUUAAGAUUGAUCCUGAUCCUCAUGGAAUAGAUGAAAAACUGAGACGAUUGGCAGUUUACUGUGCUUGAGAAGAUCAGUCUAUUACAGCAAAAAAUAAUGUUCUAAAAGCUUUCUGUUCAUGCUUGUAAUCCACUCUGCUACAUCAAGCAUCCCCCACAUUUCAUUUCCCUAACACCUAGCUCUUUACCACUCCUCUGUCUAUGGCACUACUCAGCAACUGUAAUCUUGAGAGCAGAAUUGGCACAUAUUUACUCUGUUGCCUCCUCCACCCCUCCAUUGGAACCUUCUAUCCCUUAUUAUCCUCUCUUCCCUUCCCACUCUAAUUUCAUUGAUCACUUCCUUUCUGUGCCUUCAAUUAUUUCUCUCCUCUGCCAUAUUCCAUUUUAACACCCUUCUCAUGUCAGCCAUCACACCCACACACUAUAGCAACCCUAUAUCUUCCUCCCCAUCACUCUUACAUCUUCUGAUCUAUUCUCCUCCCUUAGCCACUUAUAUUUCUCACCUUAUUCAUCUCCAUACUAUUUCCCAUCAACUGCACUUCCCCACUUAUUCAUCAUCCACUACCUUAACCCCACCCCCCUCCUAACCAUCUGUUAUCUCCUCUCACACUCUGUUGAAACUACCUGUGCUUUCAUCCAUUGUCCUUAUCUUUUCUGCUCACCUUCUUGUACCAUGAGAGUUUUCUCCAUCAUCCUCUCCCUACAAUCUUUAACUUCUCAGCUACUCCUACCCCACCUUAUAUAAUAUUGGAUAGCCAUGUCUCCUUUAUAGCAAGACACCUGUGCUUGUCCCUCUAUCAUACUUUAGUCUUUCAAAGACUGGCAUAAAGCCACUUACCUGUCAAAUACUCAUAGGAUCCUUCCUUUUUCCGUCUUGCAAGUUACUAAGCAACAUCACUGGUGCUGGUAGCAUUAAAGAAAAGCACCCAAUACAUACUGUAAAGUGGUUAGCAUAAGUUAAGGGCUUCCAGCCAUAGAAACCAUACCAAAGCUGACACAAGAGCUAAGUGUAGCUUUGCAGCUUACCAGAUCUUGUCAAACCAUUCAACCCAUGCCAGAAUGAUACAAGAACAUUAAAUGAUGAUAAUAUAUUUGUGAAUCAUUGUUUUAAUGGCCUCCUGUCCAUGUUUGCAUGGAUUGGACAGAGUUUAUAUCCAUAUCUGCAGAUUUUCUAUGACUGGAUACCUUUCUGUCACCAGCCAGCACCUGUUUUCUUGCUAAUUUUUAUUUCCUUAUAGCCAGACAUGUUUUCACAGAAGAUUGGAAAUGAAGUACAUCUAGAGGAGUAGUAACUCUAAAUGACUUGGGUUCUAGUAACGUGUCCAGUCCAUGCCACCAUGGAAAAGUAGGAAAGUAGGUGCAAAAUGAUGAUGAUCAUUAUUAUUCUAUUUGAAGAACUUUCAAUAUUUCUGGUUAUUUGCAGAUAAUUAUGCAAGUUUUAAUGGAUUUAAAUAUGACAAAUUUGUAAAAUUCUACAAUUUUGUACUUUUACCCAAGAGAUUAUUUCAUAUAAGCUUUAACUAAAAGAGAAAAUCAAUUUGCUAUUUUCUUAAAACUAUUUCUAUAUUGCUUCAAUAGCCUUAAAACCAUUUUUAUACAGCUUUUUGUUGUUAGUAAAUAAUAUUUAAUCUAAAAAAAAAAUGGUGCCAUAUAUGAAAGACGUGUUUUAUAUUUGAUUAUUUAUAUGAAAUAUCUCCAUGUAUUCUUCUUUAUGUCAUCAAAUCUAGACAGCCAACACUGUCAGUCAUCAUCACUAUUUGUCAUCACUAUCAGCUUGGCCAUCAAUUCAUUGAUUCAAUACUCAUUUUUUAAAAUUCUAUUUUAGCUUCCCACAAGACUAUUCUUACUAGAGUUCUCUCGUGACAUUUUUCUCUUCCAUUUUACUGGACAUUUCUUACCCUAAGGGUGGUUUUGUUAUUUCUUCUUUCCCUUUUUAAAACAGCUCAUCAUCACAAAAAAAAAAACACAAAAAAACUAUGAUGAAUAUGAUAGAUGAUUGGUGGGUACAGACAUGUCUUUAAUAUAAUAUUUUUCUUUCAUCUUAUGCUUAAAAUUGCAUAAAUUUCAUGCUUUUAUUUUUUUCUUCAGAUAUUUCCAAAUGAAUUUUGUAUAUUUUAAAAAAUAUUUACCUCUACCAAAUCAUUGUUGCUGAUUCAUCAUUAUUGUAACAUAUUUAUUUUUGCUCAUCUUUAAUUCUGUAAUAUUUUCUGAUCUGUUUUACAAGUGCCAUGCAAUAUUGCAUUUCUGUAACUGCAGCAAGUCUUUUCAGUUGCGAUUUCAAAUGUGUAUCAAAUUAUUAUCUCAAGUAAAAUAUUGUUGAAUACUGUU